AUGCACACUUGGUUAUGCCUUCACGGCCUCACCGGUGAUUCAAGCUGUCUAACCAGACAAGAUGAAAUUUCCAGUGUUUACCAACAACAUCCUCGAGAAACCAAUUACCAACUUUCCUCACACACUCCAAACCCCUCAUUGCAAGAGAUCGAUGUAAUUUCCAGAUCUGAACGUCGUAUGCCACUGUCCAAGCGACAAAACCCCUGUCAAGAAAACAUAAUACAGCCAAAACGUCGACCUAAGCGAAGUUCUACAACUAUUGUAGCCCCUCAACAAGCUUUGGCGUCUUCUGAUCCAAUAUUCUUUGAAGAUGACAUGGACGACCAAGAUCUUUUGGUUGCCGUAAGCCAAUUUGAGAAUCAAACAACCUCAGAAAAGUCAGAUUUG